CGUACGAUUUCAUUUGCGUAAACAGCAUUCAAAGCGCGAGGAUGUUUUGUUGCGUGAUAAGAACACCGUGAGCGGUCUUAGCCGUCCAAGUGACACCACAAACAAAAAAAGAACAUUCUAAAACCAAAUCUACGGAAACUACACCCCAGGACAGGACAUCAUGAUCUCACGUAUACCGAUGAGGACACUGGUCAAAACGGCCACCUACAUUGCCAUCGGUGGCAUUACCGCGGCAUUGCUCAUGAAAUCGAAGCUAGAAGAUCGCGUACGGAUGCAACCCUACUACCGGGAAUCCCUCAAGUUGCUACGGGCCCAUCCAGGUGCCAUCCAGCUGCUGGGAGAACCCAUCAAGGAAAUGGGCUUCGACUUUGGCGAAGAGUCGAAGAAGUACGGCGAGGGAAAGAUUGAAGACUUUACGCUGCCGGUCAAGGGUACCCAACAGCGGGGCAAGUUGCACUUCUGGGCCGAGCGGAAGGACGACCAAUGGCACAUUACUCGGGCCGAGCUGGAGCUGAACAAAGAUGCCGACCGGAGGCUGGUCAUCCGAAAGCCGGAGUGAUUCGGGACGCAUUAUCGGGAGAAUGCAUUGUAAAUACCUAAUUUGUAGUUUGAAGUAAAAUUUGCUAUGAUUGCCAUGUGUCAUGUA